UAUGCAUGCAGAAUUCGCAAUGCAAAAAACAAGCGCAAGAUCAAGAAGGAUCGAGAUCGAGAGCACACUCGCUGUCACAUUUCAGCAAUUCUGAGUGCAAUGGGCAAGCGGGAUCGUAAAGACGGUGAAUCCAAGAAAUCCAAGAAGUAUAGAACAGAGUCUCCUGAAUUAGAAAAUGAUGACACACAAGGACCUGAUGGUACAUACAUUCCUAAGAAUGCCAGUCGUCAGGUAGAGGACCAGGAGGCUGGAGAUGAGGAUGAGUUCGGUGCUAAAGAUUAUCGCGGUCAGAUGGAACUCAAGAAGGACCAUGGUUCAAGGCCUUUGUGGUUGGCACCUGAUGGACAUAUCUUUCUAGAAUCCUUCUCACCAGUCUACAAACAUGCUCAUGACUUCCUUAUAGCAAUCUCGGAACCAGUAUGCAGACCAGAAAACAUCCAUGAGUACAAACUGACUGCGUAUUCCUUGUAUGCUGCAGUGUCCGUAGGUCUACAGACCAGUGACAUCAUAGAAUACUUGAGAAGACUAAGCAAGACUACUAUCCCCAACGGCAUUGUAGAAUUCAUCAAGCUGUGUACUCUGAGCUAUGGUAAAGUGAAGCUCGUCUUGAAGCACAACAGAUACUUCGUAGAGAGUCCAUUUCCUGAUGUAUUACAGAAGCUUUUGAAAGAUUCAGUUGUACAGCAGUGUCGUCUGAGGUCAGAUGUUGACGAAGAAGCAAAUGAAGAUGGCUUUCUUGUAUCACAGAGGGCAGCAGGCGGCUCAUCUGUUCUCAAGUUGAAUGCACCAAACUCCAAAGGAAAACCCAACGAAGCAUCUGAUUCUAAGGAUGCAGAAGGAGGAGAUGGUGGAGGAGAAACAGAGAAGAUUCCAACGGAUAUCUUUGAUUUCUACGAUAAAAUAGACAAGGAAGAUGAAGACGGAGAUGAUCUUACUGCCGUCUCUUUUGAAGUCGUUCAGGAUGAAAUUGAAAACUUGCAAAAGAGAUGUAUUGAGUUAGAGUACCCUCUGUUGGCCGAGUACGACUUCAGGAAUGACACCAGGAAUCCGGAUCUUAGCAUUGAUUUGAAGCCAACUGCCGUCCUACGCCCGUACCAAGAGAAGAGCUUAAGAAAGAUGUUUGGCAAUGGCAGAGCUAGGUCAGGGGUCAUCGUACUUCCAUGUGGCGCCGGCAAGACGUUGGUCGGAGUGACCGCCUCCUGUACGGUGAGGAAGCGUUGUAUGGUGCUGUGUACGUCAGGAGUAGCAGUAGAGCAAUGGAGAUCUCAGUUCAGGAUGUGGUCUACCGUAGAUGAUUCCAUGAUCUGCAGGUUUACUUCAGAUGCUAAGGAUAAACCCAUGGGCUGCAGUAUCUGUAUCAGUACGUACUCCAUGGUUGCACAUUCAACUAAGAGAUCAUGGGAAGCAGAUCAAGUUAUGCAGUGGCUUCAAUCUCAGGAAUGGGGGCUUAUGAUCUUGGACGAGGUGCAUACGAUCCCAGCCAAGCAGUUCCGCCGGGUCCUGACCCAAGUCCAGGCCCACUGUAAACUAGGACUAACGGCUACCCUGGUCCGAGAGGAUGACAAGAUCGCAGACCUGAACUUCUUAAUUGGGCCCAAGCUCUACGAGGCUAACUGGAUGGAGCUACAGAACAAAGGUUUCAUUGCUCGAGUCCAGUGUGCCGAGGUCUGGUGCCCUAUGGCUCCGGAGUUCUUCAGAGAGUACCUGGCCAUCAGAACUAGGAGAAGAUUGUUGUUGUAUGUGAUGAACCCAAACAAGUUCAGAGCAUGCCAGUUUCUGGUGAGAUUUCACGAGCAGCGGAACGAUAAGGUGAUCGUCUUCUCAGACAACGUGUUCGCUCUCAAGCACUACGCCAUAGCCAUGGGGAGACCAUAUAUCUACGGGCCUACAAGUCAAGGAGAGCGAAUGCAGAUUCUGCAGAACUUUCAACACAACCCUGCUGUCAGCACAAUCUUCAUCUCCAAAGUUGGUGACAAUUCCUUUGAUCUACCCGAGGCCAACGUCUUGAUCCAGAUCUCAUCUCAUGGUGGUUCUAGAAGGCAGGAGGCUCAACGUCUAGGUCGUAUCCUCAGAGCAAAGAAAGGUUCCAUUGCAGAGGAAUACAAUGCGUUCUUCUAUACACUGGUCUCACAAGACACCCAAGAGAUGUUCUAUUCACUCAAGAGACAAAGAUUCCUUGUCAAUCAAGGAUAUAGCUUCAAGACUAUCACCAAGCUAGCUGGCAUGGAACAGGAGAACCUGAAGUACUCCACCAAACAGGAGCAGCAGCAGCUCUUACAGCAGGUACUCGCUGCUACUGAUGCUGAUGCGGAAGAAGAAAUAGUACCUGGAGAUCUCAAAACUGGCUCUCGGGUGGUUCGUCGUGUCGGUAACAUGAGCUCCAUGUCCGGUGCUGAUGAUCAAGUCUACAUGGAAUACCAGUCAAAGAACAAGAGUGUGCAUCCACUCUUCAAGAAAUUCAGAAGGUGAUACCAGUUCUACGAGAGACUUGUGAUGCUAUUCUGAGAUGCCAUAUGAAGAACUGACUGGAUGCCUUGGCUUAACUCAUCUAAAAGUUGUACAUUGGAACCUACAUAUAAAGACUGCUCAAGGGAGACAUAAAAAGUGGUCUUUAUAGACAGGUGGCUUACGCAUAUGAAGGACAGACUCGAUGCCAGGGCUUACCGAUCUCAAAGUUGUACAGUGGAGCCUGCAUAUAAAGACUGCUCACGG